AUGGAUGCAGCGACGCUGAGUGCGCUGAUUGACGCGUCGAGUGCGGAGCUCGCUGCGCUCCAUGCGCAAUUAGGAAGUCCUCCCGCCGAACUUGAGAAGGCGAUGGCUGCGCUAAAGACGUGCAUCCACGACGCAGUGCACGCACAGCUGCGCCUGGUCCAAGCGGACGUCACGCGCGUCGCGGAGCAGUGCACGCAGUACGAGAAGAAUAUCACGGCGCUGUGCGCGGCGACAGGGGCAAAGAGGGAAGGAGAAAAGGGCGACGCGCCGCUGCUCGCGCAAGAGGCGCAUCUCAAGGACGAGCAAGGGCGCCUCGAGAAGGCGUACGACGCGCAAAAGCAGCAGUGUGCGGUCGUCCUCGAGCAGAUCCGCACGCUCGAUGCAUGCAUGUCGGACGCGGGCGGCAAGGUGCCGGACCCGGAUGUGGCCCAUGGAGAGUGGCAGGACGUCUCGGCGCAGUACCUGCAGCGCCUCGAGAGCCACUGGCAGCAUGUGCAGCAAGUGUACACCGCGCGCAAGGUCCAGAUGGAGGCGCAGCUCACCGAGAUCGUGCAGCUCUGGUCGGACUUGCACGUCAUGCCCAAGGUCACGGUGCUCGGGCGCCAAAUUAGCGCAGACGCCUCGGAGCAGGCCCAGUUCCACCUGGCGAUUUUGCGCUACAUCCAGCAAGUGCCGUCGCUGGACGACGGCACGUUCCACGGCGAGUUUGUGCCGCUCGAGCAGGGCGACACGUCGCUGCUUGCCGCAGAAGUGACCGCGCUGAACGUGGACGAUACGCCGGCGCCAACGCACUCGCUCUUGCAGCCGACGGACGGCGUAAUGGCACAGAGCGAGGCGCUGCGUACGUCGCUCGAGCAGGAAAAGACGCAGCGCGAGACCAACAUCCAGACGUACUACGACGAGCUGUGCGAGCUAUGGGGACGGUUUGGCGUGCCGGACGACGAAAUGGAUGCAUUUGUGCACGAGCACUGCGGCAGCACGCUUGGCGUCGUCGCUGCCUACAAGGAGGAGCUCGACAAGAUGCGGGCGCUCAAGUCGCAGCACAUGUCGCUCUUUAUCGCCAAGACCCGCGAGCAGAUCUGGGACCAGUGGGACGCGCUGUACAUGUCGGAGGAGGAGCGGCAGUCGCUCUUUCCCGCCUACUUUCUUGAGCUGCCGAGCGACGAUGCGCCGGCGACCGACUUUGACUGGGACGCGAUCCUCGCGCAGCACGAGCAAAUGUGCACGCGCCUCGGCGAGAUGCUCGAGCAGCGUGCGCCGCUCCUGGCCAAGAUCGGCGAGUACCGCAGGAUCUGCGACGAGGCCAUCCAGCUCGAGAACAGCUCGCACGAUGCGGCGCGCCUCUUGGGCCGUGGGAACCGCGGCGACCCCGGGCGGCUGCUGCGUGAGGAAAAGAUGCGCAAGCGUGUCAAGAUCCAAAAACCGCGCAUCGAGCAGGAGCUGCUGGGCCUCAUUCCCCAGUGGGAGGAAGAAAACGACAUGCCUUUUCUCAUGGACGGUCGGCGCUACGUCGAGUACUUGCAAGAGCAGCUCGAGGCGGCCAAGGAGAACGCCAAGCACGUCCGCACACGCGCGCCGGUGCGCGACGCGAAGCCGGCGCCCGCGCACGGCCAGAAGCGGCCUGCGCCUGCAUCACGCCCCGUGAGCCGCGCCGCACCGCGUGUCGCGGCGCCCCCGCCACGCCCUGCAAGCCGUGCCGCGCCCACGCCCCGUCCGCGCGUCGGUGCGCGAGUCGCCUAUGCCGAGACGCCGCGCACCACGGCCCCCUACGCCGAGACGCCGCAGACGGGGUGUGCCAGCGACGAGACGACGCUCGAGACGCCUCUGCACAGGCAGCGCACGCCCAGCACGCUCCUUGCGUCCUCCUUCGCACAGCCGACGCCCAGUGGCCGCCACUGGUAG